CUUUGCACAAAUCCCACAUUGCGAUCGGCAGCGUUGGAGCACUUUGCAAAGAUACUGCAGUGUGGAUGGCACUCAAGAGUUACAAGCCUAAGCUCUGCGCUUGCUAAUAACUCAACGAUAUUUUACAGGGCCUGUUUAAUGGACUUGCUGAUGAGACUGACCCGAGAUCAGUGAGACUGCUGCAAAGUCAAGCAGAUGGAGGCUGAGAGAGAGAGGCAUCAGGGAGAAGGAAGGGGUGGCUGCCUACGAGCAAGAAAAGAGGAGGGAGUGGAAGAAAUGGGCAGGGUGAGAAACCUAAGACACCUGUGUGAUGUUACCUGCUGAAUAAUAGAGACCGUGGAGCACAAACCUAGGAAACAAGAGACAGGUUUAGUGAGCUGUGCAGCAGCUGCAGGACAGUACAGAAGCCUGUGAGGGGUUUGUCACCCAUUUGUAUAUUAAUUUCCAGGUGAAAGAGAGACACUGGGCAGCUCUGAACACUGAGCAUUGCUUGUACAUCUGUGUGAUAAAGAUAAAGUCAUGGAAAUUGCUUAAAAACAAACCCUUGGACCAGCACACUCGUUUUUUUUUUGUAAUUUACAGUACAAUUUGUGUUCAUGUAAAGCUAAACUAGUAGAACUAGUGAAUUAAGGAGGAAGAGAGUUAACCCAUCAGCGGCUGCACAAGAACCAUCCUGACCAUCCUGGAGACAUGGUGCACAUUCCGGAUGAUGCAGACUUUAACUCAUUUCGGGAACAGUGCGAGAACCAUGAGGGGUGGCACUGCCAGUAUAAUAAGGGGGGAGUGACGGUAUGGAGUGAGGAACAGGACAGUAGCAAGGCUGUUAAGAAACUUAAGAUGUGUAUUACCUGCAAAGAUGUUCCUGCUGAAAUACUCUAUGAUGUUCUCCAUGAUACAAGCUACCGCAAAAAAUGGGAUUCCAACAUGAUUGAGACCUACGAUAUCGGGAGGCUGACUGUCAAUGCAGAUGUUGGAUACUACUCUUGGAAAUGCCCGAGUCCUUUGAAGAAUCGAGAUUUUGUCACCCUGCGGUCUUGGCUUCCUCUUGGCAAUGAUUAUAUGAUUAUCAAUUACUCUGUGAAGUACCCGAAACAUCCUCCCCGUAAAGACUUUGUAAGGGCCGUUUCAUUACAGACAGGCUAUCUGAUUAAAGCCAAUGGUUCCAGCAGCUGCUCGCUCUACUAUCUGACCCAAGUGGAUCCUAGAGGAUCCUUACCGAAAUGGGUCGUCAACAAAGUUUCCCAGUUUGUGGCCCCAAAGGCAAUGAAGAAAAUAUACAAGGCCGGAAUCAAGUAUCCAGAAUGGAAGCGAAAGCAUGACCCAGAUUACAAGCCGUGGGUCUAUCCAGAGCAAAACACACUACCGACUGUCAACUUGGCAGACUUGUCCAUUCAGAGAGCCGACGAGCUGGAAAAUAUAGAUGAGAGCGGCGUUUCUGAAGAGCACAUCAGUGAUGAAGAAGAUGGUUUGUCAAAGGACUCUUAAAAGGAUUCUAUAUGAAUGAAGUCUUAUUGGCAAUGUGCAUUCAUCCUCUUUGUACUUGUAUUUUUGCUCAAACUUUGUCUCACAUUCAAAACUAACUUCUUCUAGGGACACCAAUGCUAUAGACAAGUGGCUGUUAUGAGAAAGAACAUUGCAGCAUCCCACAAAGCUGAUUCAAUUAACAAUAAACGAUCGUAAAGUA